AUGCGUGCUAUGAUGGAAGAUCUGCUCUCUGGUUGGGCCGUAGAGGAUGAAUGGCGGGAUCUUCUCGAUCUCCACUCUCAUUCCCACUCCCAUUCUCAUUCUCAUUCUAGCUCUCAUUCUCAUUCUCAUUCUAGCUCUCAUUCUCAUUCUCACUCCAGUCCACGGCGGUAUGGAUGGCGCCCGCCUCCUAUGCAGCCGAAUAAUAACAAUAAUAAUAAUAAUAGCAACAAUAAGCGAGAUGGCCGACAUCUCGUGAUGCUGCGACUCUCACCGUACUUUGCUCCCGUAGUGCCAACACGAGUCCCAUCCGCCACAAGUAAAAUACAACAACAACAACAAGAACAAGAACAAUAUUGUAAAAUCAAUAGUAGGAAUAGUAACAGCAAUAACAACAAUAAACCACAUCGACCACGCCUUGGGGCGGAACGGCCACGAAGGCACCGACCGCUGACGCAGGAAUCAGACCAGGCGUGCACAGCCGCUGGACGUCCGCCAUUGUACAGUCAAGCCGCAGAGAAUGAAAGUGUGAAUACAUCGGGAACUCCACUGCAGCCACAGAGACCAACAUCCUCACAGGCUUCAUCGUGUGCGGGGGGAGAAUUUUUCAACUCUCUUGCCCGAGUCUCUCGUCCUUGCAGUGGGAGAGGCGUCGUAUUACCUGAAGUGAGGUGUUGUACUAGUGGUGGAAAUGUUGCUACUACAAAUAGUAAUAAUACUACCAUAUCUUCUAUAGCUACUCAUCCGGCAUAUGUGUAUCAGCGACCAAAUUCUGGUUUUAAUAGUGAUGAGGAUGAUGGUGUUGGUGUUGGUGGUGUUUCCAUUUCACCUGGAAGUGAGAAACGGCACUAUAGUGGUAGUGGUUCUGGUUCUUCUUCUUCUCCCCGAGAGCGAUUUGACGAAGAGGGGACACUUACGGAGACAGCUCGAGAACGAGAUUUAUUGAAAUGGGAGACUCUUUGUGCUAUUGAAAAGAAUGUUUUGGAGAGACGUGAGAUUGCAAGUAAGAGACUAAAAGAUCUUCACAUACAAAUCAAGAACGCGACUAUGGCUGUAGAUGCAUUGAGAUCACAAGAAUUAUCAGUUCGAGAUCAACUCCGUUCAUACACAGGACUCCAAACUGCUGUUGCCAGAGAAGAACGGAAAUGUAAGGAGUUGGAGCGACUAGCGCGAGGGGCAAAGGAACGAUCUAAACUUCUCACUCCUUCAUUAGAACAUAAUGAUAUAUUUGAAAAGGAACUUCCCACCUCUUUUACGGCAAAAACAGAUGAACUCGUCUCUGUUGCUCAACUUCUCGAUCAACGUAGUGCACUUCAACGGGAACGGGCCGCUCUCAAGGAGGCAAUUCGUACGAUUACGUUAGAGAAUUCCGUACAACCAUCAUCAUCAUCAGGAACAACCCAUUCCCCCGGCGGACGAGUCAAAUCACCAACAAGAGCGAAAAAACAAAAAGAAAAACAACAACAACAACUGCAGUUCUUGCAGUGCAAACAACUCGAACGGUCCAUUGCGGAUCUCAAGAUGAAAGAAAAUCGAAUGAAAGAGAAAAAAAGACAUGCCGAUAUGCGGACACGCACUCUUACAAAGCGUCUUGAGACUCUUCGAAUGUCUCUACGUGAUCGGAAUGAGCGAUUUCAGAGAGGUGUACGAUGCAGAUCUCAACAUAUGCUGGAUACCCAGUUCUCUGUUGAAAGCGGUGUGCCGGUGGAAAUACCCCCCAAAUCCUUCUUUAUGACAGAUGUGAUGGUCUGA